CGGGCAGAGGGACACCGGCGGCCGCGCGGGCAGCGCAGGACACGGGGCACUGUGCCCGGCACCGGAGCGGGUCCCUGCGCCCGAGUCCUCGCUUGUCAUAACCCAAGACAGCGUCAUCCCCAAGAUGCCCUUCUGAGACUCCUGCCCUGUUUCCAGAUUCACUCCGCCUGGGUCUCCGGGAGCUUCCAAAAGCUUGGGACUCCCCGACUCCUGUCCACGCCUCUUGGAGCCCCCCGCUCGCUGUCACCGGGUGCCCUUCAGUAGUUUGAGGACCCUAAGGAGCAAAUCAGCCCCUGCAGAUUCUUCCCCGCGAAGAGAAAGAGCUGGCUGUGUGUGGAACUUGGAAGAGACGACGUCUGGGAGGCUUUGGGAGCCAGAGAGUGGUGUCUCCCUGCCUGUCGCGCCAGAUCGGCGGAGACGCCAGGCUUUGCGGCACCAAGGCGGGCGGCAUGUGGCUGCCGCGCAUGUCCAGCUCAGCGGUGACCGCACUCCUGCUGGCACAGACCUGCCUCCUGCUCUUCCUGGUCUCGCGGUCAGGACCAUCAUCCCCGGAGAGCGGCCAGGAGCGCGUGCACGUGCUGGUCCUGUCCUCGUGGCGCUCGGGCUCGUCCUUCGUGGGCCAGCUCUUCAGCCAGCACCCCGAUGUCUUCUAUCUGAUGGAGCCCGCGUGGCACGUCUGGGCCGCCCUGUCGCAGGGCAGCGCUUCAGCGCUACACAUGGCUGUGCGCGACCUGAUCCGCUCCGUCUUCCUGUGCGACAUGGACGUGUUUGAUGCCUACCUGCCCUGGCGCCGCAGCCACAACCUGUCGGACCUCUUCCAGUGGGCGGUGAGCCGCGCGCUGUGCUCGCCGCCCGCCUGCAGCGCCUUCCCCCGCGGCGCCAUCAGCAGCGAGGCGGUGUGCAAGCCGCUGUGCGCGCGGCGGCCCUUCGGGCUGGCGCAGGAGGCCUGCCGCUCCUACAGCCACGUGGUGCUCAAAGAGGUGCGCUUCUUCAACCUGCGGGUGCUCUACCCGCUGCUGCGCGACCCUGCGCUCAACCUGCGCAUCGUGCACCUGGUGCGCGACCCGCGGGCUGUGCUGCGCUCCCGUGAGCAGACGGCCAAGGCUCUGGCGCGGGACAACGGCAUCGUGCUGGGCACCAACGGCACGUGGGUGGAGGCCGACCCCGGGCUGCGCGUGGUGCAGGAGGUGUGUCGCAGCCACGUGCGCAUCGCCGAGGCCGCCACGCUCAAGCCGCCGCCUUUCCUGCAGAGUCGCUACCGCCUGGUGCGCUUUGAGGACCUGGCGCGGGAUCCUCUGGCCCAGAUCCGUGCGCUCUACGCCUUCACCGGCCUGAGCCUCACGCCGCAGCUCGAGGCCUGGAUCCACAAUAUCACGCACGGGGCCGGACCCGGAGCGCGCCGGGAAGCCUUCCAGACCACGUCCAGGAACGCGCUCAACGUCUCCCAGGCCUGGCGCCACGCGUUGCCCUUCGCCAAGAUCCGCCGAGUGCAGGAGCUGUGCGCAGGGGCGCUGCAGCUGCUGGGCUACAGGCCCGUGUCCUCCGAGAAUGAGCAGCGCGACCUCGCCCUGGAUUUGCUGCUGCCUCGAGGCCCAAGCAGCUUCAGCUGGGUGUCAUCCACCACCUAUUAG